AUGCGUAUCCUACUGAUUUUGCUUGUGUGGCUCGCCGCUGUCCUCGCCGCAUGUCCAGCUCGCGUGCGCAAGCCGUGGGAGGCGCUGCCAGCCUCGGAGCAGGCUCUCUUCCUACGUGCGUUGACGCUGUCGAUGGACCGCGGCUACUACGCGCGCUUCGUCGCGCUGCACGCGGACGAGAUGACCAACCGCGAGGCCCACAACUCGUGCGUCUUUCUCUUUUGGCACCGCAAGUUUCUCCUCGGAUUCGAGACCAUGCUGCGGUCGCUCAGCGACGAGUUUGCUUGCGUGACUUUGCCGUAUUUCGACUAUGUGCAGCACAACCUCGAUUACGUGAGCCGCAAGUGCACGACGAUUGCGUCCUGCGCCACGAUCCUCGGCGCGUUUGGCGGCAGCGGGCCCUCGGUGCCGUCGCGGCCGGCGUCGCAAAUCCUCGGGCACCGCUUUCCCGGGUCCCAGUGCAUCUCGGCGUCGCCAGCCUCGCAUUUCUGCGCGCCGGGGACGACAAGUUGCAUGCGCUGCGUGCCGCGCGGUCCGUGGGCGUCCACGUACUUUAGCCCCGACCUCAACUUCAACCGCGUCAAGCAAAGCGUCUUUGCUGGCCGUUCGAUGACGGCGGUCACGGCGGCGAUCGAAGCGUCGCCGCACGACUCGAUGCACGCGACGCUCGGCGGCGCGAUGGCCAACCUCUUUGUCUCGGCCGCAGAUCCGAUCUUUUUCGCCCACCACGCGACGAUUGACGUGCUGUUGAGCAUCUACCACGAGUGCCUCUCGCGCCAAAUUGGCGCCGCCGAAGCCAAGUCGGUGUCGGACCCACGCGUCUUUGAAGGCUGCGUUGUCAACAACGCGCCGCUGACGGCCAACUCGCGCGUGCUGCGGCUCGCGUCGACGCCCGAGUUGCCGUUCUUUGACAACGUCCCUCUCACGUACGGUGGCUGGGUGGAUGCGACGCAGCUCGGCAACAGCAGCUACAGCUACGAGCUCCACGGGCUGCUUGGUACGCUCUAUACGCAGUGCGAUGCCGCGGGCACGACGACCAACGUGGCGGCGAGACGCUUGACGAGACACACGGUGCGUCACUCGAGUUCGGGCGAUGCAAAAGCGUUUCUCGCGUGGCGCGCGGCCAUUUACGCGGCGGCAACGUCGCAGGCGCUGGCGCCAAGCGCGAUCGAAGACGAAGUGGAGAAGAUGAUGGUGGUGCUCUACGAACACUGUCUUCCGGGGGUGGUCGUCGACUACCCGACGGCCUUCAAGUCGAUGUGGCGCAUCAAGCGGCCGGCGACAUCCAAGGCGCUCCUCGACGGCAUCACGUCGGGCGCCAACCCGAUCCGCAUUAACGACUGGACCCAGAUCAACCAACGGUACUACAACUGCUCGGGCGCGCCACAAGCGUAG